AUAGCUCAUCUAUAGCUAUAUUUUCAUAACCACAGUUUCCAGUUUUUGGCUAAUCAAAAAAACAUGGUUUCCUUGCUUGCUAGUCCACUGUCCAACAAACGGGCUUCCUUCUUCUUGUCAACGUUGUAUAUAUGUUUAUUCCAAUAUCUUUGUGUUUCAUCUUUCUUCAAAACUCGUGCAUCGUUUGUUGUUAGUACUGCUGCUAACAUUAAUGAGGAAGCAGAGGCUCUGAUAAAAUGGAAACUCAGCCUUGACAACCAAAGCCAACAUUUCCUGUCUUCAUGGCCACUCGGAGGCAGCAGCAGCAGCCACUGCAGUUGGGUUGGAGUUGCUUGCCACAACAAGUCGAAAACUGUCAGCCAUUUGAGCCUUUCCAGCUCUGGAUUGAGAGGUACGCUUCAAAAUCUGAGCUUCCUAUCCUUUCCAAACCUUGUUAGUAUUGAUUUUGCAAAUAACAGCCUUUAUGGAGAUAUUCCUCUCAGCCUUUACAGCCUUUCCAAACUCACUCAUCUUGACUUGUCUAUCAAUCAUCUCUCUGGGAUUCUUUCUCCCUCGGUUGCAAAUCUUUCCAGUCUCUCCUUUCUCCAUUUGUCCUGGAAUCAGAUCUCCGGAACAAUUCCAAAAGAGAUUGGUUUGCUGACAGGUCUUCAGGAUCUUUGGAUUGCCACUAAUCCUUUUAGUGGCUCAAUCCCUAAAGAAAUAGGAAACAUAAAAUUCUUGAGAAGCCUUAGUCUGAAUACCAAUAACCUCACUGGUCCACUUCCUGCUUCUUUAGGAAACCUGACCAAUUUAGAAGAAAUUUUCCUUUUUCGAACUAACAUUUUUGGACAUAUUCCAAGAGAAAUUGGAAAUUUGGGAAUGUUAAGGAGCCUUCAUCUUUAUCAGAACCAACUCUCUGAAAGCAUUCCUAGAGAAAUUGGAAACUUAAGCAACUUAGGAGUGCUUGACCUUAGUGCCAACAAUCUCUCUGGUGAACUUCCUGCUUCCAUAGGAAACUUGAGCCGUAUAUCUAGUAUUUAUCUUUAUCACAAUAGCCUUUCUGGACAUAUUCCCAGAGAAAUUGGAAACUUGGCAAAUUUACGGGAUCUUCAGCUACUCAAAAACCAAUUUUCUGGAAAGAUCCCUACAGAAAUAGAAAACUUGGUGAACUUAAGAAAUAUUUUGUUUUCUGACAACCAAUUUUCUGGAAAGAUUCCCGGAGAAAUUGGAAAUCUGAGCAACCUAGAAAUUCUUAACCUCAGUUUCAACAAUCUAUUUGGCCCACUUCCUGCUUCCAUAGGAAAGUUGACCAAUCUCAGUACACUAGUUUUAAUCCGAAACAAGCUCAAUGGCUCUCUUCCUUCAACAAUUAACAACUUGACUAGCAUAAAGAAUUUGCAAUUGGCUAUUAAUAACUUCAAUGGCCGGUUGCCGCAGCAGAUAUGUGGCCGUGGAUUACUUACGGCGUUUAGUGCUAGUGAAAACCAUUUUACAGGCCCAAUUCCAAAAAGUUUGAAAAACUGCAGUAGCCUUGUUAGACUUAGGCUGUACAAAAACCAACUCACAGGAAAUCUAACAGAAGCUUUUGGAAUAUACCCAAACUUGGAUCAUAUCGAUCUAAGUGGUAAUAAAUUGCAUGGCCAGGUUUCACCAAAGUGGGGGCAUUGCCACAAAUUGACAAGCCUCAACUUUUCCAACAACCAAAUUUCAGGUUCCAUACCACUUAAGCUUGCCAAUGCAACUCACCUACGAGUGCUUGACCUCUCCAAAAAUCGUCUCUCCGGAAAUAUUCCAGAAGAACUGGGAAGCUUGAAGUUAUUGCUCAAACUUAUGCUCAAUGGAAAUCAACUAUCUGGAGAUGUUCCUAGGAGAAUCGGAAUGCUAGCUGAUCUAGAGUACUUAAACUUGGCAGCAAACAAUCUAAGUGGCUCAAUUCCAAAAGAAUUUGGAGGGUGCUUCAAGUUGAUACAGUUGAAUUUGGAGAACAAUAAAUUAGAACGAAAUGUUCCUUGGGAGAUGGCUAAUAUGUACUCUCUUGAAAACCUUGAUCUAAGUUCAAACUUCUUGAGCGGAGAGAUACCUCCACAGCUUGCGCAAAUGAAACGUUUGCAAACUCUAAAUCUCUCACACAAUAAUUUUAUUGGUUCCAUUCCACCCUAUUUUGAUGAAAUGAUGACCUUGACAAUGGUAGAUAUCUCCUUCAACCAAUUGGCUGGUCCUAUUCCUAAUUCCAAAGCCUUCCGUGAAGCUCCCUUUGAAGCUUUCAAAAACAACAAAGGCUUGUGUGGUAAUGCCACUGGUUUGCAGCUUUGCCCCUCAACGGCUCAGAAAUCUCAUGGAAUAAAGGAAAACAAAGUCAAUAUAUUGAUUAUAUCGAUCCCUGUUUUCUGUAGCCUAUUUCUUCUAUCUAUUUUUACAAUUAUAUAUAUUCAUCGUAGAAGAAGAGUGGGCAAAACAAACAACCCAGAUGAGGAUGCAACACAAAAUCAAAGUCUUUUCUCAAUAUGGAGCUACGAUGGGAAAAUGGUGUAUGAGAACAUCAUUGAAGCAACUGAGGAAUUCGACUCCAAGCAUUGCAUUGGAGAGGGAGGAACUGGGAGUGUUUACAAGGCAGAGUUAAGCACUGGUCAAAUUGUUGCUGUGAAAAAGCUGCAUGCAAAUACAUAUGGUGAUCAUCAAAUGUCUCAAUGCCUCAAAGCUUUCACAAGUGAGAUUCAUGCAUUAACACAAAUCCGGCAUCGAAACAUUGUGAAGCUAUAUGGGUUUUGUUCACAUCGAAGGCACUCAUUUUUGGUUUACGAGUUCAUGGAAGGUGGAAGCUUGCAAAAUGUACUCAUGAACAAUGAUGCAAAAGCAAGAGCUUUUGGUUGGAACAAAAGGGUAAACAUUGUGAAAGGUGUGGCAAAUGCAUUGUCCUAUAUGCACCAUGACUGCUCAUUGCCUAUAAUCCAUCGAGAUAUAUCAACCCAAAAUAUUCUGCUGAAUGCAGAACAUGAUGAAGCUCUUGUUUCUGAUUUCGGGACAGCUAGGCUCCUCAAACCUGACUCACUUAACUGGACUUCAUUUGCCGGAACUUAUGGAUAUGCAGCUCCAGAACUUGCUUAUACAAUGGAAGUGAACGAGAAGUGCGAUGUGUAUAGCUUUGGAGUGGUGACGCUGGAGAUACUCAUGGGGAAGCAUCCAGGAGAUCUCAUCUCAUCCUUGUUGCCUUCAUUGUCCCUAUCAUCUGCAACACCUGCUUAUCAUCGAAUAGCUGAAAUGAAUAUUUUGGACCAGCGCCUAUCUCCUCCAACACAUGAAGAGGCUAGGAAAGUGCUCUGUCUCGUUAAGGUAGCAAUAGCAUGCUUGCACAGCUCUCCAAAAUCUCGUCCGACAAUGAAAAAAGUUGUUCAGGAGCUCUCAUCAGAGACUCAUAUUUGAAGCCCUUAUCUUACGUCAAGGAGCUGCUUGAUUUCAGUUAUUGUACUUCCUGAACAAACAUCAUGUUUAUCAUUAUGCCUUUUGUUUCUAUUAAGGUCAGAAUGUGGAUGUGUUACUGGUUUCCCUUACACUUUGCUUUUUGGGGUUCAUUUUGACUUUUUAUACAU